GCCCGCCUGAGGGACCCUGGCAGGCAAGAGCUAGUGAGAUCCCGAACGGGAAAAGCCCCUCGUGACCCGGGUCCGAGGUGGGGCGCAGCAUCGUCGCGCAGCGGCAAGCUGAAAGGGGGAGAACGUCCCAGCCCCACGGUGCCAAGUGGGACCUGGAGCAGGCAUCUGCACUGUGGGAUCAGUGUCUCAACCCACACUUCUCUCGGGUGCGCUGUACCAGGGCCCACCCCUUAGCCACCGGCUGAGACCAGAAGCCAAGGGACCCGCCUGCUGAUUCCAGGGGCUGUAAGGGACACUCCAGUCCAGCCCCCUAGAAAGCCAGAGCUCUGUGUCCUGCUUAACCAGCCCCAGAACAACCUGGACGUCCCAGUGUAGCAGGCUGAUGAUCAAUGAGCUCAGCCAGGUUCCCCUGCCGGUGAUGCUGCUACCCGAUGACUUUAAAGCCAACUCUAAAAUCAAAGUGAACAAUCAUCUCUUCAACAGGGAGAACCUGCCCAGCCACUUCAAGUUCAAGGAGUACUGCCCGCAGGUCUUCCGCAACCUCCGCGAGCGCUUCGGGAUUGACGACCAGGACUACCAGGUCUCCCUGACGCGCAGCCCGCCCCACUACGAAGGUGAGGGGAGCGACCGGCGUUUCCUCACCUCCUACGACCGGACGCUGGUGAUCAAGGAGAUCUCUAGCGAAGACGUGGCUGACGUGCACAGCCUCCUUUCGCACUACCACCAGUACGUGGUGAAGUGUCACGGGCUCACCCUGCUGCCCCAGUUCCUGGGGAUGUACCGGCUCAGUGUGGACAGCGAGGAGACCUACAUGCUGGUCAUGAGGAACGUGUUCAGCCACCGGCUCGCCGUGCACAGGAAGUACGACCUGAAGGGCUCCCUGGUGUCCCGAGAAGCCAGCGACAAGGAGAAGGUCAAGGAGCUGCCCACGCUGAAAGACAUGGACUUCCUGCACAUGAGCCAGAAGGUGUACGUGGACGAGGGGCAGAAGGGCGACUUCAUGGAGAAGCUGAAGAGGGAUGUGGAGUUCCUGGUCCAGCUGAAGAUCAUGGAUUACAGCCUGCUGCUGGGCAUUCAUGACGUGCUCCGGGCCGAGCAGGAGGAGGACGAGGAUCUGAAGGAGGAGGAAGAGGAGGGGGAGGACGUCAUGGCUGUGGGCUCCUACGGGACAUCCCCCGAGGGGAUCGGCGGCUACCUGAACUCCUACAAGCCGCUGAGCCCCGGGGAGUUUGACCCCUACGUCGACGUGUACGCCAUCAAGAGCGCGGAAGGCGGGCCCCAGCCGGAGGUGUACUUCAUGGGCCUCAUCGACAUCCUCACGCAGUACGACGCCAAGAAGAAGGCCGCGCACGCCGCCAAGACCGUCAAGCACGGGGCUGGCGCGGAGAUCUCGACCGUCCACCCCGAGCAGUACGCCAAGCGCUUCCUGGACUUUGUCACCAACAUCUUCGCUUAGUCGUUACCCGCCCGGAGAGGCCCCCCUCUUUCCCCCCCGUCUCGUCUUGUGGGAGCUGAAGAUCAAAGGUGUCCCCUGCCUCCCACCCCUUGGUCUUUGUGCCCCCCACUGUUGGCUGGCCCGAGGGCUCAGCUGAGCUCCAGAGAAGCCGAGUGGGCCGGGCGGGCUUGGUUGCAAACCCAAGUGCCUUAUCUUUAUCCGCCCUCUCCGGCGGGAGAGUGGGGGAUGGAUCCUCUGACUGGGGUGGGGGGGCUGCUGGCUGAGGGGCCCUGUCAGCUCAGCCCAUCUCUAGGGCUGGGGUCUGCAACCAGCCCUGUCUACAGGGCGGAGGGGGGGCAGCUCGGGCCCUGCAAUAUGCAAUAAAAGAUUCGACCCUUUGGUGCCUUAGAGGGGGCAGACAGUUUCCCCCCUAGCAACAGUGACACCCCCCCCCCCC